AUGAAGAAGAAAGGGUGCUUAUUACUCAAAGUGGAUUUCGAAAAGGCUUAUGACUCGAUCUCUUGGAAUUAUCUAAGAUGGAUUUUGGAGAAGAUGGGAUUUGGCAAAAAAUGGAUGAAAUGGAUGGAGUCUAGUAUUUUUACCAACUACAUGUCCGUGUUGGUUAAUGGAAGUGCAACAAAAGAUUUCAAGAUUCAAAGAGGAUUACGUCAAGGUGAUCCCAUAUCACCUUUCUUGUUUGUCCUUGCUAUGGAAGGAUUAACUGCUUUAACUAAGAAAUCGGUGUCGGUGGGGGACUUUAAACCGUUCAAGUAUGGAGUUGACGACUUUGUGGACAUUCUCCAAUUUGCGGAUGAUACUAUCAUACUAGGAGAACCUACUUAUGACAAUCUUUGGAGUUUAAAAGUGUUGUUGAGAGGAUUUGAAAUGGUUUCCGGAUUGAAGAUCAACUUCCAUAAAAGCAACUUUUUUGGAACUCACAUAGGAGAUUGGUUCAUCAAGUCGGCGACAAUUUUCCUUGCAUGCAAAAAAGGAUGCUUCCCGUUUAAAUUCCUUGGUAUUUGGGUGGGUGAAGGUGCAUACAAGAAAAAGGUGUGGAGAUAA